AAAUCAAAAAUCAAAAUCCCUAAUUCCCAAAUUACUUUGAAUUCUCUCUGAUCCACUCAGCUCCCGUUGAACCCAACGGACGCAUUUUCGUCGUCUUUCAAGUGUUCGUUCUCACUCAACGAGCAUUUAGAAGCCGAGAAGUUCUGAAAUGGAUGAGUUAUUAACUCCAAACCCUAAGCAAAAGCCUGCGUCGAUGGCGACUCGAAUCCAGGCUCCGACGAGUCCCUUCUUCUUAGGAUCUAACGAUGACAGGCUGGAACGGGAACAAGCUCGCGCCGCCAGAGCUGCUGCAAGCCGUCGUAGGUCUGUCAUUUUCGCUCGUGGCCCGCAGCCUGAGCAGGAGUCAGAUCCGUGUUUUGACAAACAGCAAAUUCUCGAGUUGUUUCAGAACUGUAUCAAAUUGGCCAGUGAAAACAAAAUCAAUCAAAAGAAUACGUGGGAGUUGAAUUUGAUCGACCAUCUUUGUGAGAUUAUCAAAGUAGAAGAUGAGAGCAAUGCAGAGACCAAUUUUCAGAAGGCAAGUUGCACUCUUGAAGCUGGAGUUAAGAUUUACUCAAUGAGGGUAGACUCAGUUCAUUCAGAGGCUUACAAGGUCUUGGGUGGAAUUACUCGUGCUGGCCAAGAUGACAGCAGAGAUAACGAGGAUGCUGCUGGUGCUGUUGGAAAUGAGACUAACCAAAAGAAACAGACAGAGAAAAAGAUGUCGCCUUUAUCCACAUUGGAACCAUCCUUUGAUGCCCUUAACGUGAAGAAGUUCGAUGUGGCAUUCGCAGUGGAUCCCCUUUAUCAUCAAACUUCAGCACAGUUCGAUGAAGGUGGAGCGAAGGGUCUACUGCUUAACAACUUAGGAGUCUAUGGAGGAUGCCAAGUUCUAUUUGAUUCACAAGAAAUCCCUGGAAAGCUUGUUUCGUUUGCAAAUCAGCAUGAUAAAUCAGAAACAAUUGAUCUAUCCUUUGCUAAAGAAUGUGUGGAGCAAAUGGUGCUAAACAUGCGACAGAAGGAUGAGAUUGUACCUUCUCUUCAGGAUAUAAUCAAUCAAUUUGAUGAAGAAAACCAAAGACAACCUGAUACGUUUUCUUGUGGUCAGACGACCGAGUCAUUUGAUAUUUCACAUACUAAUGAAGCUAGCUAUGCCGACGAUGAAGAAGGCUAUGAUAACUUUGGAACUUCUUUUGAUUAUGAGGGUCAGUCUGGUAACGUUGAUGAAAACUUUGGCUUUAAUGAGGCAGAAGCAACAUACUCAAAUUUUCACGAGGAAGUUGAACCAGCCUCACUGCAAGACAUGGAUUCAGAUGACAGAUUGGAGAAUGUUGAUGACUAUCUCUUCUUGUCGUUGGGAAUAACAUCUAAGCAAAAUUCUUGGGCCGGUCCUGAUCACUGGAAAUAUCGGAAAACGAAAGGUCCAGAUGAUCAUCCUACUUCAGAAAACAAAUCUUCUCCACCGGCAAAGAAAACCAGGAAGAAAAAGCAAGCAGAGCCUGAACUAGAUUUUACAAAAGCUUUGGAGGAAGAAAUGCCUGAUAUUUUUGCCCCUCCAAAAAACCCAAAGUCUUUACUUCUCCCAGCAAGUAGAACUCUUUGUCAGACAAAGCUUCCAGAGGAUUGCCAUUAUCAGCCCGAGAAUCUAAUUAAGCUAUUUCUACUACCGAAUGUCAUGUGCCUCGGGAGGAGAAAAAGAAAAUGCUCAGUUGAAACUUCAAGGCAGCAGUUUGAUGAUAAUGAACAUGCGGAAUCCUGGGGAAAUGAUAACGCAUAUGAUGAUGGCCCAUUUGAUAAUGGAAAUGAUCAAAGUGAUGCAGAAGAUACCAACUCAUUAAUCUCUCAGCCACGCCAGGUCAACAAAAUUGAGGUCCAAUACGAUAAAGCUUCAAAACAAGUUGAUGUCCAAGUGCUAAAGGAAACUCUUUGGGAGUGUCUUCAGGAAUCUCCUCAACAACCAAUUCAGGAUGAGGAACACCAACAAGGACCACUUGAAAGUAGAUCUUUCAAAGAGCUACUGGCUAGCUUUCCUGAUGAUUGCCAAGCGGCUGGUUCUACCCAAGACAUCUCACCACAUCUAUGUUUCAUCUGUCUGCUGCAUUUAGCGAAUGAGCACAAUCUCAGUCUCGUUGGCUCUCAAGCCUUGGAUGAUCUAACAAUACACCUUGCCUGAGUGAAGAGCGACCACGAAGAGCAGUCAAGUGUUUCAAGAGCUCCUUGAGCUCAAUGCUAAACGUAAGAAGUUUUUGGUGUAUUUAAAUGUAAUGACUUUUUUUUUCUGGUAGAAGUUCAAAAUGUAAUGACUUGAUUGUGUGUAGUAAGUUUGUUCAAAAUCCAUUAAUCCUUUGUUGUUUUGGUACAA